AUGGAAAAGCGCAGUACAUCACUGCCCCGAGAUGACUCUGUUGAAGCUAUAGAAGCGGAGAAAAGGGUGCAACAUGUGAAUGAGUAUCCUGAGGGCGGUCCGACAGCCUGGCUCGCAGUUGCUGGCGCGACUGCUUGCUUAUUUGUGUCGUUCGGAUGGAUGAACGCCAUUGGCAUCUUCCAGGAGUACUAUCAGUCCAACAUGCUCCGUGAUUACACGCCGUCAGAUAUCGCCUGGAUACCUUCGCUUCAAACAGUCUUCUUCAUGUUUGCUGGCGGCAUCUUCGCCGGCAAGAUGUUCGACGACUAUGGCCCCCGCUACCUACUCGUCGCCGGCACAUUCUUACAUGUGUUUGGCUUGAUGAUGACCAGCAUCUCCAAGACGUACUAUCAGAUCUUGUUGAGCCAAGCAAUCUGCUCCGCCAUGGGCGCCUCGCUCGUUUUCAGUCCUGCAUUUUCAAGUGUAUCGACGUGGUUCUUGAAGAAGCGCGGCGCCGCACUCGGCCUCGUUGCCGCAGGCUCAUCCCUCGGCGGUGUAGUCUUCCCAGCCAUGAUCAUCAAUCUGCUUCCUCGAGUCGGCUUCGGCUGGACCAUCCGCUGCUGUGCAUUCCUGAUCCUGGCGCUUUUGCUGUUCGCGAACUAUGCUCUUACAAGCCGCAUCAAGCCUCAAUCACGUCCUCUCGAAAUUGCGGCAUUUGUCCGGCCUCUGCGAGAACCAGCCUUUGCUUUGUGGACGCUUGCAGUGUUUUUCUUCUACUGGGGCAUGUUCAUUCCCUUCACGUUCAUCGUCGCCAACGCAACUGCCCAUGGCAUGUCACCUCAUCUUGCGCAAUACCUUGUUUGCAUCCUAAACGCUACGAGCAUUCUCGGGCGCACCGUGCCCAAUGCCAUUGCCGACAAAGUCGGACACUUCAACGUAAUGAUCGUCAUGUGUGCCUUGACGUCGAUCCUGAUCCUCGGCCUUUGGCUCCCCUCGACUGGCGACGCACCCAUCAUUCUUUUCGCAGCGCUCUUUGGUAUAUCUUCCGGCGCUGGCAUUGGUCUCACACCUGUCCUCUGUGCCAAGCUCUCGUCCAUCCAAGACAUUGGUGUCCGCACCGGUACCGUCUUUACGAUUUCCGCAUUUGCCGGCCUGACCGGGUCUCCCAUUGGCGGUGCUAUCAUCUCACGUAGCGGAGGGUCAUUCCCCAAUGCUAUCGCCUUCAGUGGCGCAGCUUGCGCAAUUGGGACGAUACUUUUCGUGGCCACCCGGAUAGCCUUCGUCGGUUGGCGGCCGGCAAAAGUUUGA